AUGGAACAACAAGCACUUCCGGAAGAUACAAAACAAACAUCAGAGGAAGUUCUUUUAUAUUCUUCGACAACCCAAGAACAAUCUGAAGUUAAAACGUCAAAUCCUGAAGAUACUACAACCAUGCAAACAACCAAUGUUGUGGAAAGUAAUGAAAAUGGUGGUGAUAUUAUUGCCAUUGUCAAACCAUCUCCUUCAACGGGGAACGUUCCUCCUGCACAAACUGAAGAGGAAGAUAACAUGAAUGAUAUUCCCGGGAUCCGAGUUUCUAUGGCAACUAUAGUUGAACUACCUCCCCUUGAGGUACAACAACAAAGGCUAUCUGAUGAGAGCGUCCCACCUGUUUCGGAAAAGGUCAUUGACGAGAUCUUUUCUAGUAUUAUUACUUUACCUGAGGAAUUACAGCAAGUUCAGCCAUCAGAGCCUCCAAACCAACUCGCGAUUGAGCAAACACCACAGGUUACCGAAGUAACCGAAACGAUCGUAACAAAUGAAACAAGCGAGGAACCAAUUGCGAUUAACGUGACGAACGAAACUGAUGUCAAAAAUGAGAUCGAUGAGAUCACCGUGGUUGAAACGGUUGAAAAUGCUUCGACGGGAGAAACUACCAUGACAACUGACCAGAUUGUGAUCGUGGAGAAUACGGUACAACAACCCGUUGAGAAUAUUACCGAAAUCGUCAAUGAACCAAAUGAAGGUGUUCAGAAUAAUGUUCAAAUCGUUCAAAGUUCUUCUACGGCUCAGGAUAUGCAAGCUGUGCAAGUUGUACAAGAUGUUCAAAUUUCUCAAAGUUCUCCAAUUAUCCAUGAUGUUCAAAGUAAUCCGAUUGUUCAAGAUAACCAAAAUGUACAGAACGAUCAAAACGUUCCAAUUGUUCAGGGUAUUCCUCCUACGGUUCAUGAUGUGCAAAGCGUUCAGGACGUUCAAAAUGUUCAAAGUUCCGAAAUUGUACAAAAUGAACAAAGUGUUCAAAACAUUCAAAUCUCCCAGAACGUUCCAAUUCUCCAAAACGAGCAAAACUUUCAUAAAGUUCCGGAUGUUCAAAGCGUUCCUUUCGUUCAGGAUGUGCAAAAUGUUCAGAACGAUCCUAAUGUUCAAAACGCUCAAGUUUUUCAGGGUAUGCAGAGUGCUCAACAUCCCAUGAUUAUAGAUCAGGAUAAUUCUCAGCUACCUGAACUGCAAAAAACGGAACAAGCAACUAACGAGACUGAUCAAGUUUCGCCUGAAGUAGCAUCAUCAAUGGAAGUUCUAACACAACAAUUACAACAAUCAUCGAUUCCUCUCGUUCAAAGUGUAUCAGAUGCAACGACGGAAGUUACUAUUGUAGCCCCUACCGGUGAUGACGUUCAACAAAUGGAAACUUCGGCUGCCGCAAACGUUAAUGCAUUUGAUUAUGAAGAUGCGAUAAAGAAGGCUCACGCUAUCGCGGCGAAAUUACUUAAUAAUGAAGGUGUAGCAGUUGUUCAAAAUCCGCAGAAUAUUGCUACUAGUAGUACGUUAUAA